GCAUCAUGGGAAGCAGAUCGCAAUUUUGCAAUAUGGCGGUGAAUUGAGCCAAAGUCGCGGUGCUGUGCCAUCAGAAAAUGUAUUUUUCAUAGUCGCGCAACGUCUUUUAUUAUACUCUUUAUGUAUGCGACAGUGUAAUACGGAUUCGGGUCGCGUUAGACGAUACACUGUGCAUGUAAAUAUGAGUGUAACGAAGCACAACGUUAUUUCGAAGGUGACACCCCGCAACUCGGUGUGGUGCUCGACCACGUAUGGCAGAGACUAGAAUCCGAGAUAAGGAAGCUCUGCUUCGCCUAAGUAAUAUACGUAUCGCAAAUCAAAAUUACCACCAAAAAGUAGCGAUGUGGUGGUUACCCAUCCCGAACUGUGAAAACAUAUUUGCAAAAUUCAAACAUUUUAUCAAUCGUUGUAACUUGUGAUCGUAUAUGUGUGCCAAACAAAAAUACAUAAAAGGGCAUUGAAAAGAUCCAAUGGUUUCCUGACAUAAUGGAAAGUAAAUUAUAUGUGAAAAAUGAGCCGGGACUGGACGGGCAAUCACUUGCAAAUCAACAAGCGAAUCCAUCUUCAGAGGAUACUAAUGGAGCUAGGGUUUGUUUUGUUUGUGGUACGAUAGGUCACGGAGAACAGUAUUGGCUUAGAGUAAAGCCAAGUCCAGGCGGUGCACCAAAUGAACCUUACUUUCCAUUUCUUGAAUCCCAUGAACCACCUGCUGGCUAUCGUGGGGAAGGAGCUAGAAGUGGAACAGUUAAGGCAUGCAGCCUUUGUUAUGCCUUGCUGUUGCAACAAUGGGAGAGUUAUGAACAGGAUGCUAGACCUCAUAGCCAACGAAUUUAUUGGUUGAAACGAUGCGAUGGCGGUCCUUUUACGGGGGCUGAGAUGGCUCUCCAGGGAGAAUAUGCGGCUCAAGUUCUGGGAUUGACCAAUGACCAAACCCCGCAGCUCAGACCGGAAAAUCGACCAAUUGGAAUUUCUCCGCGACUUCCUCUAAAUUCACCAUCGCCUAGAGUGGAACAGACAAGACCACCGUCGAAUUCCAUUGAGCUGCCAAGGCCACAUUCUAACACGGCUGAAACGCACAGACAUUUGGAACAAGCAAGGCUUACAAUGGAAUCUCCCCAUCAAAGACUGCAAUCGCCGCAUCAAAGGUUACAAAGUCCUCGACAGCCUGUGGAAGAUUCAAGAAUAUCAAACGAGGCGGCGUUAGAUUUGAGACAUGCACCGAGAAGUUCACCUGCGCCACAACCAACUCUACCACCACAACCUCAACCCAUUUAUAGCGGUGGAUCAACGUCGAGUACCGGCACAGAUAUUUUAGAUCUUUCGAUGCCAGACAAAAAUUCAGUUACGGAAGUUUGUUACGUGUGCGGAGACGAAUUCAAAAGAGGGUCACUUAGUCAUAUUGCAGCAAAACCACUGCCAAUCCCACCACAUCCUUCUGCUAGUCCCCCGCCAUUUUUUCCUUCGCUAAUGCUUCAUCCAAGGCCAAGCAGAAGUCGACCAAUGGAUAGCGCCGGUCGUGUCCAAGCUUGUUCAGCAUGUCAAAAUCACCUUCUGCUACAAUGGAAGGCAUAUACCCGGCAAGGAGUCCCGCACGGUGAUCGAAAUUACACGCUUCGUAAACGACAAGCACCUGCCAUGGAUACAACUACUUUUAUUUGUUAUACUUGUGCGCUUGAGUACCCUUCGUCCAGUAUUAGACUUCUUUAUUGCUGUCCUAAUCCCGAGAAGGAGGCGUACUACCCUUUUAUUUAUUCUCUGAGACCUCCACCAGGAGCUAGUCCUAUUAGUCCUCAGGGAAUGGUGCAAGUUUGCUCCAUUUGUUACAAAGCUAUACCGCAAAAACAGCAAGUAUUUGGUGGAGAAAAUCACGAGGCUCAACCGUCUGGGCAGAACGUGGAUUUUCGUCAACAAGGUCCUUCUCCAAGACCUGCAGUGGCAAAAUCUCCAGCUAAUUCUGCCGGUAGUGAUAUUCGUUUCAAACCAUACGAUUUGAACAAAUCUAGCGUUGCUACGAACAAGCAACGCAGCGCAACCAUAAAAGGAUCCACUCCAGGACAACGAAACUCUCCUAACAACGGUCCUGCCGAGAAUGGAACGGUUGCUCUUGGCCAAAAUUAUAGGUGCUAUAUUUGCGAGAGACUGUAUCCUCGCUCUCACAUGGAAUGCUACACGCUUCGUAAACGACAAGCACCUGCCAUGGAUACAACUACUUUUAUUUGUUAUACUUGUGCGCUUGAGUACCCUUCGUCCAGUAUUAGACUUCUUUAUUGCUGUCCUAAUCCCGAGAAGGAGGCGUACUACCCUUUUAUUUAUUCUCUGAGACCUCCACCAGGAGCUAGUCCUAUUAGUCCUCAGGGAAUGGUGCAAGUUUGCUCCAUUUGUUACAAAGCUAUACCGCAAAAACAGCAAGUAUUUGGUGGAGAAAAUCACGAGGCUCAACCGUCUGGGCAGAACGUGGAUUUUCGUCAACAAGGUCCUUCUCCAAGACCUGCAGUGGCAAAAUCUCCAGCUAAUUCUGCCGGUAGUGAUAUUCGUUUCAAACCAUACGAUUUGAACAAAUCUAGCGUUGCUACGAACAAGCAACGCAGCGCAACCAUAAAAGGAUCCACUCCAGGACAACGAAACUCUCCUAACAACGGUCCUGCCGAGAAUGGAACGGUUGCUCUUGGCCAAAAUUAUAGGUGCUAUAUUUGCGAGAGACUGUAUCCUCGCUCUCACAUGGAAUGGUUAUCCACAAGCCCAGAGGGAAUGAAUUCACAUGCUAUGCAUUUUCCAUGUUUACGUGGAAUGGCACGUACAUCAGAAAAUGCUUGCAUGGAUAGUCACGGCAGAGUGUUAGCUUGUAGUCAUUGUGUGAAUCAUCUUGCCCAACAGUGGGAAAGCAUGGAUGCUGAACGAGUUCCUUUAGAACAUCGCAGGUAUGAUAUUCCUAGUCCACAUCCAAAUGGCGAUGUGAAUCGAUCAAUCGCCACCCCACCGAGUUCUAAUUCAGAUCGAACGUUUGGUAGUAACCCAGGCACAUCGAGCAGUUCUAUAUAUUGUUUCUUAUGUGGCUUGCAUAGUGAUUUGACUCUCGCAAGAGUGUUGUAUGGUCGCCCUCAGGGCCGUAAUGCACCGUUUUUCCCUGAAUUAUUACGCCAUCAGUCUCCACCAAACGCUGAACAACUUAGGGAAGAUGGUUCUGCGCUAGUAUGCACGUUCUGUUACCAUUCUUUGUUGGCGCAAUGGCGUCGAUACGAAUCUCUUCCCAGUGGUCAACAAGUAAAUGCUGCAGAGAGGCAAUAUAAUACACAUGAUUAUUGCUGUUACGUUUGUGGUAUCACAACGUACAGAAAGCGAGUCAGAGCACUGCUCGUAAAGGAUUUUCCCUUCUUGAGGUAUCACAGACAGCCUGAAAAGAGCCUUUUAUUGGAAAACGGUGAUUUCGCUGUGGUCUGUUUGGAUUGUUACGAGACAUUGCGCACUCAAAGCCUUGAAUACGAACGAUGGGGCUUACCCGUUGAAAAACGCGAAUAUAAUUGGAUAGUGCAACCUCCGCCACCAGAGGAUAGUCCUGAUGCAGCUGUCGCGAGAUUGCCAUCUGGAGAAAGGUCCGAGAAGGUGGUUCCAUCGACUUUAACGGUUAAACCUGCACGAAAAAACUGUUCACCGAAGGCACCGGAUAAAAAGGUUCCGACAAAGGUUCCAGAAAAAGAACAAGGUAAGUGGAAAAUGUUUUGAAUCGAA